AUGGCCGCGCCGCCCCCGCGCACGGGCUGCCGGGAAAUGGAGUCCGGGCGGGGGGAAAUGGAGUCCGGGCCGCGCUCCGCCCCGGCUCGGAGCGGCUCGGAACGGAACGGAACGGAGCGGCUGCUGGCCAUCCCCACGGCUUGCCAGGAGCUUGGGAAGGAGGGAGGCGCCCGCUGCGCCCCCGCGGAGCCAGCGCGGCGGGGAGGGGGCGCGGGGGCGGAGUGCCAAUGGCUGCGCUGCCCCCUCCUCUGCCCCCACCCCGCCGGCCCCUCCGCCUCCCCGCCGACCCUCCUCCCCGGCGCUCACUGCGCGCCGCCAGCGCCGAGCGUGCGGCUCGGGAGCGGCCCCGCUCCGCGCCCGGCGCUGCGCUCCGCCGGCCCGCGCCGGGAGCCAGCAGCUCUCCGGGAAGCGCGGAGCGGGGGUGGCAUGCCGGAAUGCCCGGACCGCGGGGCCAAGGCGGCCCCCAUCCAUCAUAAAAUCUCCUUCUCCAUCUUAGACAUCCUGGAUCCCCAGAAAUUCAGCAGAAGACGCGAACCGGCCUCGGGGAGCUGGGGCAGCGCCCCCAGCUCGGGCGAGCGGGAGAAAAGUUUGGGAAGAGUUGAAGUAGGAAAGGACGCUGCUGCUCCCGGCAGCGGGAGGAAUAAACUAGAGGCACAUGGUAGGAACGCGCUCGAGUUUCUCCGGCCGGCGCUGGCGGGGCGCGCAGGUGGAGGCGCCGGCACACGGGACGCGCUCCCCGCGCGGGGUCCCGCAGGAGCGAGGGAAGGGAAAAGUUCUCGAUAUCCCUGCCCGGCUCCCGGCGUGCGGAGCAUCCUCUGCCGCCCGAGCAGGAGGGCGCGCAUCAGGGCGCACAUCGGGGCGCGCUACCGCCCCAUCCCGGCGCCGGGCGGGUCGCGGCUCUUACCGAGGCACCGCACGCGUUUCUUCCCCCAGCAAGGGCGGCCCCCGGGCGCUCCGUUCCCCGGGGCGGCAGCGGUCGGAUGCCCUGGCCCGCGGGACGGCCGGCUGGAUGCGCACACCCCGGCGGAGAGCGGCGCUGAGGACGGGGGACAGGAGCGCGACGAGGAGGAGCCGAGCGGGGACGGGGCCGGGACAGGGAGCCCGCCGGGGCCGGAGGAGCCGGGCUCGCCACGGAGCGCCCGGCGGCGGCGAGCAGAGCCGGGCUGCGGGAAGCCGCGGCGGGCGCGCACCGCCUUCACCUACGAGCAGCUGGUGGCCCUGGAGAACAAGUUCCGAGCCACGCGGUACCUGUCGGUCUGCGAGCGCCUCAGCCUGGCGCUGUCCCUCAGCCUCACCGAGACGCAGGUGAAGAUCUGGUUCCAGAACCGCCGCACCAAGUGGAAGAAGCAGCACCCGGGCGCCGACGGGGCGGCCCCCGCAGCAUCCCCGGCGGCGACGGGAGGCGGCAGCCCCAGCCCGCCGGGCCCCGCCGCUCUGCCCUUCCAGACUUUCCCUUCCUACGCCGCCAACAACGUGCUGCUGCCGCCGGCCGCCCCCUUCCCGCUGGGCGCCGGCCCCUUCGCGCCCUUCCUGGGCCCCGCGUACCUCGGCCCCUUCUACGCCCCGCACCUCUGAGGCGGCACCUCAGCCC